UUUUAAUGCCCAGGCCUAUUCAAAAUGAGAAGUCGUCUUUAGCCGCCUAUUGUAAGUUGAAGUUACCUGAUGACAUUGACAUGCAGCUAAUAUUUUAUAGUCAUGCCUCUGGUUUGUUCUGUUUCCGUUAUGAGCCAAUCUCCAAAAAAGAUGAGCAUAUAGCGCAUGUGAUAUGUAACCCUAGCUCAGGGGAGACUGUUUUCUUACCUAAACGGAGGACGGGCCAUAAGAGCUUUUUAGGGUUUGAUCCGAUUGACAAGGGACUGGAGAAAUGAGGUGGAGGAAGAUCCAAUGUUCCUUAUCCCAUUGUUCCGACUCCUCCGGAGGGAUAUGCAUCAAUGGAGCUUUAUAUUACUUGGCUACAGGAAGGGAUUACACUUCCUAUGUAGUUUGCUUUGAUGUUCGAUCUGAGAAUUUCAAGUUUAUUCAGGCAGAUUUUAUGGUUUAUAAAGCUAGAAGCUUGAUAAACUAUAAGGGUAAAUUAGGUGUGAUUAUUUGGACAGGUCAUAACUCUGGAUAUUUGGGUGGGAAGAUAGGCUUGAAUCGUACGCAUGAGUUGCAUAUAUGGGUUCUAGAGGAUGUCGUGAAACAUGAUUGGUCCGAAUAUGCCUACACUCUGCCUGAUGAUAAAUUUGGCUACACUGGCCGUCGUGUUUCAUACCUUAGCGUAGUUGGAGUGACUGCCACAGGGGAAAUUGUUUUGUAUUGCGACUUUCGUGCUAUUUUCUACUUCCAUCCCGAAAGGAACACUAUCCAACGUGUUCCAAUCCAAGGUUUUGAGAAUCAUGAUAGAGUUUACGCCUUUGUAAAUCAUGUAGAUGAUCUUACGCUUAAUAUUAAACCUCACCGGGUGCAACAAGAUCUUCUUACAUUUGAUAUGAACUAUCACCAGCUGCAGCAACAUGUUCCUAGGUUUGAAAAGAUUAACAAAUUUGCUGCUCUGAGUCUUCUAGAGGAUGAAUGAAUUUUCAGACCCUGUCGAAGCUGAUUGCGAGGAUAAUGUUUAUCAUGUCAGAGUCUAGCUUUUUUGGCUGCGAGUGUAGCUUCGUAUUUAAAGGUUUCAUCAGUUCCACGUGAACUUUGUUUUUUUUUUUUUUUUUCUGGUUAUAAUAAAACUAUUUUCUCUCUGCUAUUUGAUAAGACUCAUAAGAGACGCUUCUUUCUUUCCGUAUGCAUUUUUGUUAUUUA